ACAAUCUCCACCAGCUGUAAUAAUAUUGUAUAUAAUUUUGAAAAUUACACGAUUCAUGGACCUCAACACAUUUAUAAAAGGCACGCAGUAGCUAGAUCAGUCAAUCUAUCAUCGUAACACUAGUCAAGAAGAAGUAGACAACACAAGAUGAGUGGCUACUCCAAAAUGGAUUCAACUGACAAGAACCCCAACCCGGUCAAUCUCCAGACCCAGAAACCCGAUCAAGAACCUGCUGAAAUGAAACCGAGGCUGAGCAGGAACAGGUCAGUGGCUGCAUCAGGGCAAGUGUUUCACUCACCAAUGAAGAGUGUUAUGUCUAUGAGAAGAUCUUCUUCUGUCUCUGAUCAACGUUACUGUAGAAUCUAUGACCAAAGCUCUACCACGUUUCCUCUUCCUUUCAAUGAAGAAGAAGAAGAUGAAUACGAAGAUGAUGAUAAAGAGAGGAUGCAUAAGAAGAAGAAGAGCAACAAAAUCAAGAAAAAAGCAUUCGUAAAGGCUUGUAAGCGAUUCUUUGGGAUCUCUUGAAACUCUCUUUUUGGUUUUCUCUACGAUAUAAUACAGAUCUGUUUGUUAUAUUCCGAUUAAAGUCUUACCACUUUUUAUGAAACGUUUAAUACAAGAAAAUGUACCUUACAAUA